AUGGCGGUGGCUCUGGAAGAAGUGUGGGGGCGGGUGAAGAAUGUCUGCAAGCAGAACGGACUGCUCAUCCUGUCUGUAUUGGCCGUGGUCAUUGGCUGCCUGCUGGGCUUCUUCCUCAGAGGCAAGCAGCUCUCCGAGCAGGAGGUGAAAUACUUCCAGUUUCCCGGAGAGUUGCUGAUGAGGAUGUUGAAAAUGUUAAUUUUGCCCCUUGUCGUAUCCAGUUUGAUGUCAGGUCUAGCUGCCCUGGACGCCAAGUGCUCCAGUCGCCUAGGCAUCAUGACCAUCUCCUACUACCUCUGGACUACCUUUGUUGCUGUGGUAGUGGGCAUUGUCAUGGUAUACAUCAUCCACCCGGGUGGAGCUGCUCAGAAGGAGGACUCUGAGGACAGCAAGAAGCCAAUGACCAGCUCAGCUGACGCUCUGCUGGAUCUCAUCCGUAACAUGUUUCCAGCCAACCUGGUUCAAGCUACUUUUCAACAGUAUCGAACCCAGAGAGUUCCCGAACUCAUCCCAAAACCAACGUUGGCUCAGCUCCUAGAUGAGACCACCACGCGUAGGAUCUACAUCUAUGGCAUUCAGGAUGACAAUGGCACAGAUGUCCAGAACUUCUCCCUGGAUCUCACGCCGCCCCCCGAUGUCAUUAUGAAAACAUCGCCUGGUACCAGUGAAGGCAUGAAUGUGCUGGGGAUUGUUAUAUUUUCUGCUACUAUGGGAAUAAUGUUGGGCAGAAUGGGACCCAAUGGAAGCGCUUUGGUCAACUUCUGCCAGAGUUUGAAUGAGGCAGUUUUGAAGAUUGUUGCUAUCGUCAUCUGGUAUUUCCCCUUUGGAAUCGUGUUUCUGGUGGCCGGUAAGAUCUUGGAAAUGGAUGACCCUUCAGCCAUGGGGAAGAAGCUGGGUUUUUACGCCAUCACGGUGGUGAUGGGCUUGGUGCUGCAUGGCCUGUUCAUCCUCCCUGCUAUGUACUUCUUCAUCACUAAGAAGAGCCCCAUCGUCUACAUCAGAGGCAUUCUGCAGGCCCUCCUCAUCUCCUUGGCCACCUCCUCCAGCUCUGCCACUCUGCCUAUCACCUUCAAGUGCCUGCUUGAGAACAAUCACAUCGACAGGCGCAUCAUCCGCUUCGUGCUGCCUGUCGGUGCCACCAUCAAUAUGGACGGCACCGCGCUAUACGAAGCCGUGGCAGCCAUCUUCAUCGCCCAAGUGAAUAAUUAUGAGCUAGACUUUGGACAGAUCAUCACGAUCAGCAUCACUGCCACUGCAGCCAGUAUCGGUGCAGCUGGAAUCCCACAGGCUGGACUUGUAACCAUGGUGAUCGUGCUGACCUCUGUUGGUCUGCCCACUGAUGACAUCACUCUCAUCAUUGCUGUUGAUUGGGCUUUGGAUCGAUUCAGGACCAUGGUCAAUGUGAUGGGUGACGCCCUAGCCACAGGCAUUAUGGCUCAUAUCUGCAGAAAAGAUUUUGUCAAAGAAGGGGAGCAGGUGCCUCUGAUCUGUGAAACUAAGCCCAUGAUAAGCAUUCAGCAGAUGAUGACCUACCAGAACCAGAAGAACGGCUGCUAUCAGCCGCCUCCGCCAGGCAGCAAGCAUGAUCACCUCUCCCCGGACGUGGCUCGCCUGAUCCAGCUGGAGGAAGGGAUCCGGCCGAUAGAGAAGAAGAAACAUGGUCAUUCCUCUCACCACAAGAGAGAGCACAGGGACAAGGACCACUGUUCUGUUGAUAUGAAUGGGCUGGAGACUAACGUAUAAAAGCAGUUGCCGUACCAACAGCAACUGGCUCAUCUACAGCUAUAGGACCAGCAGGAGAGGAAACAAAUUAAAGAACGAGGUGACUAAGUUCACACACUUUUCUCCUCCAAGAAAAAGAGCCGCCCAGAGGGGAUGAAUGCAAGUGAAAAAAGAAACGAUUUUUUUCUACAUAACAUAAAUAAUGACCCGCAUUCAAUUGUGCAUGUUUGUGUGUGUGUGAGUGUGUGUGUGUGUCUGUACAUAUUUAUCAGAGAUGUUUUAUUUGUGCUGCUCUAACUGACAGACAUUUCAAACCGGGGAACGGAUCCUGUCUGAGGUUUCACUAACAGCCAUUCUCAAAGGAGCAGAAAAAAAUGCAAUAGCUAAUAUCAGAUAUAAUUUAAUGGUCUUAUCUCUCUGUGGACUGGAGAAAAAAAACACAUCUACUCACAUCUCUCUUUAUUCAUGAUGAUCUGGGUUGGUAUAAUUCUAGCAUAAUAAUGGUUGGAGAUUUUGUAUAUUUAUUUUCUUUUUUUUUUUCCUGUUCUCUAUCAUGAAACUCAGGCAGAGCGUUGCCUGUUUGGAACAUAUUUUCCAGUAGAUUCACUCACUCAAAUGCGCACAACACAGAGACAAUGAGCUAUAACAAGAAACCUUAAUUUUAACACAGUUUGGUUCACAUUCAGGAGAGAAAUGUCUCUUUUCUGUCUCUCUUUGGCGUAAAACAAGAACGUAUUAUUUCCAAUGAUGAGCAACACCUUUCCCUACAUUUCUCUGCCUUGUUGUCCUGAGUCUAGUGGGUACUCUGCCUCAUACCUGCAGUACUGUACGGUCACUGCAAGAACCAAGGUAAGAAGAUGACAUAGGUCAUUAUGAAAAUGAAGACGAGUGUUUGCCCUUGUGUUGAAGUUAUUUCACGUUGUCUUUGCACCCCACUGUAAUUCCCUCUUUGCCUUAAACGACCAAAGGAGAAGCAUACGGGACGAGCGCGUUACGGACGAACGCAGCAACAGCAACAACACAAGCUGACAAUCACAAGUCAUACUCUGAACUCUGUCCAUAUGUAUGUGAUAUAUGCUGUAUAUGUAUGUAUUUUAAAAGUUAAACAAAUGUAGAUUUUACUACCACGUCAGUAUGUUUCAA